AUGGUUAAGGGUUUACACUUUGCACGACACACUGAAACUUUGGUGUGGGGUUUAAGAGCAUUUCCAGCAAGCAGGCUGGGGGGAGGGCUGGGGGAAAAUGCUGUUUCCAGCAACACAAAGCUGCCAGGGCAAGGAGUGGGGCCCAGCUACCUGGGCUGGCCCGAAGGGGAGGCUGGCCCGAGUGCCAGCCCGGGCAAUCUGACGUCAGCGCUACAGUGCCCGCUACAGUACCCGCUACAGUGCUUUUUUUGUCCAAUAAAAAAAUGA